AUGUGGGAACUUACAAGUGGAUGUCGCCCUUUCUAUGAUCGGGAAUAUAACACUCAUCUUGCGCUUGAUAUAUGUAAUGGGUUACGACCAAAUAUUACCGAAGACACUCCACAAUGUUGGGCUAUUUUGAUGCAAAAAUGUUGGCAUUCGAAUUCCUCAAAAAGGCCAACUAUUGAUGAAUUAUAUGAUGAACCACAUAUCUUAUCAUUAAAUGAUUCCAUUUAUCAAAUUGUCAACUUGAGCAAUUUAAAUUUAAAUCAUGAUAAGCUAAGUUAUGAGGCGGGAAACGCUCUUGCUGAAGCUCUACGCGCAAAUCCCACUUUAAAAUGCUUGGAUUUGAGUUCAAAAAAACUAUGCAAUGGGGCAGUGCAAGGAAUAGCUGAGGCAUUAGACAAUAACAACACACUAACAAAUUUAAAUUUAGAAAACAACUAUCUUGGUGACGAUGCAGGAAUGGCUCUAGCCAAGGCUCUGCAACUUUUAGAUGAGAGUAAAUUAUGUGCCGGUUGCUAUUAUAGCCAAACACAGUUACAGAAUGUUAGCAGCGGAAAUCAAGAUAUUGACGAUUUAAUAAAGGCAACAUAUCAUAAUCAGCCUAAAUUUAGAUUAGAGUGGAUCCCGUUUGAGGACUUUACAGAUAUAAAACAAAUUGGAAAUGGUGGUUUUAGUGAAAUCUAUAUGGCCACAUGGACAAAUGGAUCAAUAAAAAGUUGGAGCAGAAUAGAAAAAAGAUAUAAUAGAAAUAAUAAUCAAACGGUUGUAUUAAAAGUUCUCAAGGAUUCUCAAGAUAUUAAUUCGAAAUUCUUAAAAGAGUUACAAAAUAUCGUUAAAAGCCAGCCUAAUUCCUACAUGCGUUGCAUUAUUCAAUGUUACGGAGUAUCACAAUUUCCAAAAACAAAUGAUUAUAUUUUUGUUAUGUCUUAUAUGUAUAAUGGAAGUCUGAAUGAUUAUUUAUCUAAUAAUCUUAAGGAUGUUACUUGGAAUAUGAAAUGUGCCUUUCUUAGGGAUAUUGUUACGGGAAUUAAAUGGAUUCAUAAAAGUAAAAUUGUACAUCGUGAUAUACACAGUGGAAAUAUAUUAAUAGGCAAUUUGAAAAGCAAUGGUCCUGAUUCUAAUAUUUUAAUUGCUGAUUUAGGGUUUAGUCGACCAGCAAAAGAUGAUGAGGAAAGUUCAGGAUAUAAUAUAUAUGGAAUUAUGCCAUAUAUUGCACCUGAAGUGCUUAAUAAAAAGCAAUAUUCAUUUAGUUCGGAUAUUUACAGUUUAGGAAUGAUUAUGUGGGAACUUACAAGUGGAUAUCGCCCUUUCUAUGAUAGGCAAUAUGACUCACUUCUUGCGCUUGAUAUAUGUAAUGAAUUACGACCAAUUAUCACUGAAGAUACUCCACACUGUUGGGCUAUUUUAAUGCAAAAAUGUUGGCAUUCGGAUCCUUUAAAAAGGCCAACUAUUGAUGAAAUAUUUGAUGAAGUAAAUUCUAAAUAUUGGAAUGAAACUCAAAGUUUUAUAGAAGAAGCUGAAAAUAAACGACAAAAAUUGCUUAAUACCGGAAAAUUAGCCGUUAAAUAUAUGCACCCUCAUUCUAAAACUCACAGCCAAUUAUUAAAUCUUACUAUAGACUCUAUGAUUUUAAAUUUACUUCAAGGUUCUAAAUCUAUUACGUUACGCCCUAUAGAUUCUUUUCAAAGCAUUAACAGCGAUUCAUUUAAUAUUAUUCCUGAGCACUUCAAAAACGCCAACAGUCGAAAUUCAACGAUAAACAUACCACUUUCAAAAAAACAUCCUAUCGAAUUUUUACUAGAUGAAAAUUAUUAUGAUGAAAUAAAACGAAGAAGGUUGUCUGAUAAUGAUUCACGGCCAUAUACCUUGUCAUUAAAUGAUGCCAUUUAUCAAAUUACCAACCUGAGCAAUUUGCAUUUAAAUCAUGAUAAGCUAUGUUAUGAGGCGGGAAAAGCUCUAGCUGAAGCUUUAUGUACAAAUCCUAAUUUAAAAUGCUUGGAUUUAAGUUUAAAAAAACUAUGUAAUGGGGCAGGGCAAGAAAUUGCCAAGGCACUAAGCAAUAGCAACACAUUAAUAAAUUUAAAUUUAGAAAACAACUAUCUUGGUGACGAUGCAGUAAUGGCUCUAGCCAAAGCUCUAUAUAAAAACAACACUCUUAUAUGCUUAAAUUUAAGGAAUAAUCGAUUUGACAGUAAAGCUACAAAAACACUGGUCGAAGCUUUAUGCAAAAAUACCACCUUAACUAGUUUAAAUUUAAGUAAGAAUAAACUAGAUGAAUCAGGAGAAAAGGCAUUGGCUACUUUAUGCCAAAAUACCGCCUUAACUAAUUUAGAUUUAAAUGAGAAUAGUCUAGGUGAAUCAGGAAAAGAAAAGCACUGGCUAAAGCUUUAUGCAAAAAUACCAGGUUAUAACAACUUAGGUAAAUCAGUAGGAAAAGCACUGGCUGAAGCUUUAUGCAAAAACACCACCUUAACUAAUUUAUAUUUAAGAAAUAAUGAACUAGGUGAAUUAAGAGUAAAGGCACUAGCACAGAAAAAACAAUUAAAUAUAAUAGUUUAG